AACACGAACGACCCCUCCUAGCGCAGAACAGUAUACAAAUCCGUAUUCGCUUUCUCGCGCUUUCGUUCACCACUCUCUGUCUUCUCGUCUCGUCCUCCAUUCGACAGAUCGAGAGAGAGAGAGAGAGGGGGAGAGGGGGAGAGAUGGCGCUGAUAGGGCUGAAGGCGACGCCGUUCGCGGCGGUGGCGCAGCUGCUGGCAGUCACGGGCGUGGUGCUGGUGCUGGUCUGGUGCAUCUCCUUCAUGGGCGGCUUGGCCUGGGAAGCCACCAACAAAAGUCUCAUCUUCAACCUGCAUCCCGUGCUGAUGCUAAUUGGCUUGAUCAUCAUCGGAGGUGAAGCGAUAAUAACUUACAAGACAUUGCCUCUGAACAAAGAAACCAAGAAGCUAAUACACAUGGUGCUACACGCCAUCGCUUUGAUCCUCGGCAUCAUCGGAGUUUAUGCCGCGUUCAAGUAUCACAACGAGAGCUCCAUUGCCAACCUCUACAGCUUGCACUCCUGGCUCGGGAUCUGCAUCAUCGUGCUCUACGGCAUUCAGUGGAUAUAUGGAUUCGUCAUCUUCUUCUACCCCGGAGGACCGAGCACCCUGAGGAGCGACUCGCUUCCGUGGCACGUGCUGUUCGGGUUGUUCGUGUACAUACUGGCGGUCGCAAAUGCGGCGCUAGGCUUCUUGGAGAAGCUCACGUUCCUGGAGAACUCGGGGCUCGCGAAGUUCGGUUCCGAGGCCAUCCUCGUCAACUUCACCGCGGUCGUGACGGUACUGUUCGGGACCUUUGUCAUAGUCACCGUUCUUUCUCAGCCCGUCAUUGAAGACGACUACUCCUACUCCGCAAUCUAGAUCGUGCCCUAUUAUUGAAUAAGAUUGCUUUAUGUAUAGAACAUCCACGGAUCAUUCGUGGUAGCAGAUGUACGAUGAAUACGUGAGGAACACUGAAUUGUCAACUUUGUCAUGCUUAGCAAAUUCAAUGUUCUUAUGGUUAUCUCUAGAGUUAUUCCAAUUGAAUUUCACUUAAUUAGGACUUAGGAACUUGGGCUAUCUUUGGAGAUUAGAAAGUUGAUACAAGGAUUCUAAUUGAAAAAUCCGGCAUGAUGUUGUCGGGGAUUUGAU